AUGAAAAAAAACACACCUUUACGAAAAAAUGGUAGCAAUGUCAAAUCUGAAAACUGGACGAAAUGUGAUAUCAAAUUUGAGAAUGAAUUUGAAAAUGUUAAAUUUGAAGAUUUGUCAGAAAGUAAUGAUGAAUUUGAAAAUUUUUGGGGAAGUAAUGAAUUCGAUAAUGGAACUUUCACUAAAAGAUCAUAUAAAUGUGGAAAUUGUGGCCAAGAAGGGCAUAAUCGACGUACCUGUGAUCGUAUCACUACACCACUACCAACUUCUCCAAUACACAACG